UUUUAGUAUUGGAAUAUACUUCAACGGAUAUGAUGAACUGAGCAUUGAUCGAUCCGUUUUCAUUGAUCAAUGUGCAUCCGUUCAAAGGGCUUAUGAAUAUAUCCUGAAAGGUGUGUUUACACGUUCACAGUAAUGGAUACCUACACCUACACAAAAAUAAUAACAUAAAAAUAUGACCGUUUUGUCUGCAGAUGUUGCUCAAUGGUUUCAAACAUGGUUAUUAUUUAUAGCUUAUACAAGUGAUAAUCUUGGAUAUUUAUCAGAUGAUGGAGAUAAUGCAUUGGAACCACAUACUGUGUCAUUAUAUUUUCCAAUAUUCGGUGAAACAAAUUUACAGCUUAUGCCUAACAUUAUGUUGAAUUAAAGUCAUCUGUAAAAGAUUUGUACUUUGUUUCAAUAGUAAAUAUAACAGCAUGUGGCUUAACUGAUAUUGACCAAGAAUUUCAAAUGAUAUGGCAUUAUCCAAUGGGAACAAUUCAAGUCACUUUUAAAGUUAAUCGAAAUAAACAACCAAUAAUAACUGAUCAUCAGACGUUUGCUAACAACAACAACAAUCAUAAUAAUAACUUAAAUCAUGAAAUUUAUUUUAAUGCAAUAGGAACUGAAGAUAAAAUUUUGUAUUUGACGUUUCAUACAACACUAAUUGAAGAAAAAGUGGGGGAGCAUAAAUUCACUUUGAUCAAUCGAAAAACAAAGCAGUCUUUUGAAUCUAUGAUAAUAAAUGUGAUCGCUAAAAAGACUCAAGAGGCAAAUAAACAGAUGGAAACUACUGCAAACACUUCACAUGAUCUACAUAAAUAUAAAACUGUUUGCAAUGGAAAUAUACAUUUCUGUUCAGUCAUAUAUAUGGCUGGUUCAAAUAUAAUCUGUGAACGAGAUGAUACCUCAGUCCUUUCCAAAAUUAAAAUGCAUUCGUAUUAG